AUGGUAGCCGUAAUAAAAAAUAAAGGUGAUGUUACCCAAUUAUAAUCUUUCAAUUGUUGCUUUGUUAACUUCGCGCAUUUAUUCGCACAUUGUUUAUUUGUUCAGAUGUUCUAUUAAUUAUAGGUCUAAGUGAUUUCAAAUAUGUACUUUUUACGACUAGAGUGUAUCUAAAAUGUUUUUGAGAAAAUAAAUUGUUUUAAAUGUAAAUAGUUUCGUCAUGUUUAGUUUAUAAAGGCAUAUUUUGGUACAAAUUUUGAAGUGGGCCAACUGAAGUGGGAAGGGGCUCGUAGGACAUCUGCAUCGUGCAUUUACUGCAUUUCCGAAUUUCGUUUUCUCAGCGUUUUGAUUUAAAUUUGUUUGGUGUUUUGUUUUACUUCAAGUAUAAUGCUGUAAAUAAAUACUGGUUAUCGGUUAUUUGUCAUACAACCUUUAAUGCUGGUCGGCGGGUAUUUAUCUGUUAUUUAUCUAUAAUUCCCAACAGGUUACACCCAAUGACCGGAAAUAUAUUAACAAUGAAAGUUAGUUAAUAACUUAACAACAGCGGAACAUGAAAAACACAUAUAGAUGUAGAGGUAACCAAAUAAGUUCGUGCGGUUUUUAGUAGAAAAAUAUAAAUUUUAUUGAGAAACAAUAUUAUUCGUCGAAGUAAUCACCAUCACAUUCAAUGACCUUCUGCUAUCGUAGAACCAAUAUUUGUAUGCCGGUAUUGUAGAACUCCCUGGAUUUAGAGUAAAAAAAUUGGCGGACUGCACUUAUUACACCAUUUCGAGUUGUGAACUGCCGGUGCCUCAUACAGUUGUCAAGAGACAAAAAAAAAAGACAUAGUCACUGAGCGAAAUGUCGAGAGAAUAUGGCAGGUGCGGUAACGUUUCUCAGCCGAGUUCAGAAAUUUUUUCUCGGGUCACUUUUGCGGUAUGAGGCUUGGCGUUAUCCUGUAAGAAUAUCACUUUCUUCCGAUUGAUCAAAGAAGGCUGUUUCUGGAUGAGUGCUGCUUGUACUCGUUGAAACUGCUCACAAUAUAAGUUAGCAGUGAUGGUUUGACCCCUUUCCAAAAACUCAUAAUGGACAAUUCCAGUUGCUGUCCACCAAACACGCAACAAAACCUUGUUUGGGUGUAAGGGCGUGUGUGGCACCGAAUCAGUAGGCGACGACCAAUGAUACGAACGCUUAUAAUUCUAAUACAGCCAUUUUUCGUCGCAGGUUGAUAAUCUAUUAAGAAAUGGUUCAUUAGCGUUGUGUAAACUGUUUGCUGAACAAAUGGUAAGACUACUUAAUUUCUGAUGAAGAUGCAAACGAAUAGUUUCAGGAUUCAUUCUGAACAUUUCUGCAAGUUCUUGGCCCGUUGUCCUGGAAUUUGCGUCCAAAACCUGUCGAAGAUCCUCGUUGUUAAUGAUUUUUGGUCUCCCUGAGCGCG